AUGAUCCGCUUCAUCAUGAUCCAGAACCGGCAAGGGAAGGUGCGCCUGGCGAAGUACUAUGCGCCGUAUGAUGCUGCGGACAAGGGACGCCUCACGGGCGACGUGCACCGUCUCAUUGCGCCGCGCGACCAGCGCUCGCAGAGCAACUUUGUCGAGUAUCAAAACUACAAGCUCGUCUAUCGGCGGUACGCGGGCCUGUACUUUUGCACGUGCAUCGACAUGGACGACAACGAGCUGGCGUACCUCGAGGCGAUCCACCUCUUUGUCGAGAUCCUCGACGCGCACUUUGCCAAUGUGUGCGAGCUGGAUUUGGUAUUUCACUUUUACAAAGUCUACGCGAUCCUCGACGAGAUCUUUUUGGCGGGCGAGAUCGAGGAGACGAGCAAGUCGGACGUCCUCGCACGCCUCGAUCAGCGUACGUCCCUCUACUGA